AUGCAGGACCAACAGUACACUGCCGAGUCUGUCAUGGAGUUUUUGCUCAUUCCCAAGAAACUCAAGACACUAACUGUUCGUGGCGGCUUGAAACUGCAGCUGUCCAACCCGGCCAAUAACCAAGCUCUGUAUGUGCUCAUGCUACACCUGAGCAAAAGCUUAGAACAUGCCAUAGAGUACAACUGUCGUCUUCGACCGAGUGAAAGCACUUGGGGGUGGUUCGGUAGGACACAGCCAAUACGCAAAUUGUACUCGGAAACAACCAAAGUCACUAUCAAUGCUGUCAACGUCAUGACGCUUGGUUUCCCACAACUCGCUACACGCAAAGAAGAAAUUGAUGAGUGGAAAAGGACUCGAUACCUAUACCAUAGGGCUCAUCAGACCCUGCCAAACGUCGAGGUGAUCCUGGUGCAAAAGAGCUACCGCGAUGACGAGAUGAUGGAUUCAGAAGUGAUGGGGAAGCUGGAACGUCUACUUUAUCUAUUGGUUGAAGAUACCGCUCGCAGUGGCGGGAAGCUAAAGGCUAUCUUCAUCCAGCAACAACCCAACCCAAACAAGGGAAACACGAUUGCCGACUUUGAUUAUUCGAAAUUGAUUAACUUGGGUAGGGAGAGGGAUAUUGAUAUUCACGUCAAGGAGAACAAGAACGUGCCGUUCUAUCAUUAUGAGUUUCCUACGCCACCUUCCAUGUCGUCACUACAAGAAACAAGUACUGAAGAUGGUAUGGGGGUUUUUGAUCCUUUCACGGGUUGCUGGGCCACAAGUUAAUGUUGGCCCCUUCAAGGAAAAAGGACCAUCAGUUGGUCAUUUCAUGCUGUUUGGGUCUCGGGCUAUUUC